GCUGCUGAAGGAACCGGCUUAGCAUUCAUUGUCUUCACUCAAGCCAUUGUUGAAUUGCCCGCUGCUCCAAUCUGGUCAAUUCUCUUCUUCACGAUGCUCCUUUCACUCGGUCUUGGCUCUCAAAUCGGCAUUCUCGAGGGAAUGCUUUGCACAAUUUUCGACAUCGAUAUUUUCAAGAGGAUCAGCAAGCCAUAUGUUACGGGUGUUGUCUGUAUGUUCUGCUUCUUAAUUGGUUUGCUGUUCACAACGGGCGCCGGCGAAUAUUGGCUCAAAAUGUUCGAUUCGUUUGCGGGAACAAUUGGACUUGUUGUUGUUGCGCUUUUGGAAAUGAUCGCCGUCAUUUAUGUGUAUGGACAUGAGAAAUUCACCGAAGACAUUUAUCAAAUGACGGGCAUCAGGCCAGGAUUGUAUUGGCAACUGACAUGGCGUUACAUUGGACCGACAAUAAUGGUUUUGAUUCUCGGCUCGUCAGUUAUCUCGAUGGUUAUGAAAAAUCCCACGUAUGGCGCAUGGAAUGCUUCACUCUCCUAA